AAUGAACUCGGCAUUUGGUGAAAUAUUUAUGUUUCUCACCAAUUUGGCUUGGAAGAGUCGCAUGACUAUUCCCGUUUUGGUGACAACAGCUUUUUUAAUUAUGGACAUACGAUUGCAAAUUGAAAUUAAUUUUCAAUCGGGUCAAGUGGCCGCUGCUGAAUUUGAUGCCGACGAUGAUGAUUAUUUGGAUGAUGAUGAUGACGACGAUGAUGCCUAUGAAGAGUACACAACUGAUUCCGAUACGAAUCCAGACGAUGAUGAUAGUGACAAUUAGUU